AUGCCACCAAAGACACGAAAAGUUCAACUUGCGGUUGCACGAAAUAGUAAAGCUUUAAAAAAAAAUGCAACUUUAUUAAUUGCAAAUUGUGAUGAGAAUAAAUUGUCAGAUUGUCAUGAUUUAGAUGAUGAUUGGCAUAAUGAUGAAUUCGAAAACCUAAAACAAAUUUCACAGACUGCUUUUGAUAUUAUGAUUGAAAAUGCAAAAGUACCAACAUCAUUUAUAAAUAAACGUCCAUUGGCAAGAUUUUUAAAUGAAAUUUUAGAAUUAGAAAAUUGGAUGCCAAAACCAUUAAAUGAUAAUAUAAUGAUUUUAGAAGAACCAGUUUUAGAU